AUUGGUGGAGGGCGGAGUCGGACGAAAGUGAUUGGUGGAGGGUGGAAUUGGACAGCAGUGAUUGGUGGAUAAUGAGAUUUGUUUGUGGUCUCCAGGUAACACGCAGAGUGAUGAAUACACAGAGUGCAGAACAAAUUGUACCAGCACAGGUGUGAUCCCUCCUGACCGGGGAUGCCACCAAAAAAGAAGUCGCAGAGCAAAGCUGCAAAAGAUUCUGGGAAGACAAGCCCUGAACAGGCUGAAGAUGGCGGGGACGGAAAAGAAGUUGUGGUUAGCGAGAGAGAGGAGCGUCUACAUGAUGAACAUGACCGCCUGAUUGCUGAAAACGAUGGCCUGAGAAGACGACUGGAGCAGCUACGUCGAGAGAAUGAGUUCCUCCAGGAAGAGGCUGAAAGAGUCCGUGUGGAGAGUCAAGAAUAUUUAUUGUACGUGGGCAAAAGAAGCCAACGGCGGCAGGAUGCCAUCAUCAGCCUGAAUGACCAGAACACACGAGAGCUGGAAGACAUCAGGAAGCAGAAAGAGAAACUUGAGGCCUCCUUCCAAGAGAAAGAGAAGAAGAUGAGAGAUCAACUUCUCGAGCGGGAAACCGAAUUGGCCAAUUUGAGGAAAGAGCUGAAGGAGCUAGAACCCAUGAAGGAGAUUCAGAAGGAGCAGAUCUCACUCAUUAGGCAACUGGAGUCUGAAGUGAUGGCCUCCCGGGGUAAGCAUGCCGAGUCUCUGCUGAGGGUGAAGAGCGCCUUCCUGCGGCAAAAAGUGGAAUGUCAGCAGAACUCAGAACGGCAGCUGAACCAGCUGUCCCAGAAGGCCCAUGAGGAGGCCAAGAACGUCCUGCAAGAUGUGAGUCAGAAGGUGAAAGAAGAGAACCAAACUUUGAGGCAGGAGCUUCUCCAGCUUAUCAACCAAUACCGGGACCUACAGGCCCAGAAAAAGAAGCUGCUGGAGCAAAACAAACAGUUACGGAGAGAGCAACAAUGUCAGAAAGAGGUGAGGUAUGCCCAACGAAAGCUGAAGAAUUUAUGGUAAACAAUGAAAGACCUAGGACUUAUUAAAAAAGAUCUUGCAGGGGGGCACCAUAUAAUAAAUCAUUUUCAAUACAAA